AUGGAGGAACUGACCAAUCAUAUUAAUGGUAAACGUCAUCAGAAGGCCUUGAGGAAUCGUAACUGGUUUGAAGCACAACAAGUGAAGAAACUGGCUACAGUCAAUGGGGCUCACGAUGAUGAUGAGGUACGCUUUGCACCACCACCAGCAGCAGCUGCUGGUGGAGGUGGUAGUGGUAGUGGUACUAAUGCCGAGAAUGAUAUCUCUAAUCCGGGUGUACCACUGGCCGCCACCGCCGCCGCCGCCGAUGGACACGAUGAUGAUAAGUGA